AUGGACAGACACGGGCUCCGAGGCCUCAUUUUCAGUGGCCAUCAGCAGCUGGACUUCGAGGAGAAGUGUCUCUCCGCAGCACACGUGGCCCCCGAGCAGUGCCCGGGGUGUCUCUUCACACGGCAACACCGGGACAAGGCUCAGACAUGGGCGGAAACUUGCUACGGAAUGAUGCCGGCGACCCACCUGCGGCCCGGAGCUCCCGCCAGUUUCGGGGCUGCGGGGACAGCGCCCGCACCACAUCCGGGGCGACCGGCCGGCGGCCCUCGGCAGGAACCGCUGCUCUUUGAGGAUCUGGCCGUGUAUUUCUGUCAAGAGGAGUGUGUGAGUCUGUACCCGGCCCACAGGCCUCUCUGCAGAGACCCCAUGUGGGACAGUUUGGAGGACAAAACCUUCGUAGGAGGGAAAGGCGAGACUGAGGUGAACCAGCAGUUCCAUCUGGACUGUCUGGGAGUUGAAGAGCUUGCCCUGGAAACGUGCUCCACUGCUGCGCCCCUUGUGUAUAACCCCGAGGUGUCUCCUGAGGAUGGCGAGGGGAACCCUGAGAGGAAGAUGCUAAGGGCCACUUCUGCUUGCAAGAUUGAGCUGAUGAACCUUCUAGUGACCAUUGACAACCACGCCCCCUUACUAGACUUGUCUCAGUGUUUAGGGAUCAGAGCAAUUUCGGAGUUUGCCAAAGAAGCCACAGAUUUGUCCAAGUGUUCAGAGUAUGGCCCGAGCGUCAGUGAUAAGUCAUGUCUUGCCCACCCCAGAGGGAAGCCGCAGAGGUGUGACCGUGGGAAAAGCUUCAGUGACAGAGCCAGUGUGCAGGCGCACGGGCGGGCGCAGGCCAGCCGGAAGCCUCGGCAGCUCCUGCCAGCGGGCCCAUCUGUCCGGGCACAUGCACCCCCACGUAAAAAAGGCAAAGCCUCACACAUGUGGCAGAUGUGGGUGAGGCUUUCUGUGGCUCCCGCGAUUGAUGCAGCACCAGCAAAGCCACGCUGCUGAGACAGCGAUGAAUGUCUCACGGUGAUUUUGGAAGAUUAUGCCAAACCUCCAUAAGAGACUAGAAAAAAAUAACUUAUUACAAAAAAUUAAUAUGCGAUAUUACAAAAAUGCCUUUUUAGUAUGGCAUUGCUUAGGAUUGGUAUGCAGAAAAAACGGUAAAUUGAAAAACAAAACUCCAAGUAUCAGUUAUUGUGAAUGAGGCAUAUUUUUAGGUGUUGCAUUUGCACCAGAACACAUUUGCCAGAUGUAACUCAAGCCGGAGGAGUUUCCAGAGAGGCCAGUGUGUGCCAGAGCUCCAUGCUGUCUCGAGGUGGGUCCCCCUCUGUCCAUGGCGUCAGGAGAUGACGCACAAGAUAUGCAUUUGGCAUCAACUCGCAGCUACAGACAUGCCACACUUGCUGGAUAAAACUGAGACUGAGGGGCUGGAGCAAUAGCACAGUGCGUUUGCCUUGCACGUGGCCGGCCUGGGUUCAAUUCCCAGCAUCCCAUAUGGUCACUCAAGCACCGCCAGGAGUAAUUCCUGAGUGCAUGAGUCAGGAAUAACCCUUGUGCAUCGCCGGGUGUGACCCAAAAAGAAAAAAAAAACUGAGACUGAGAAGUGAAUGAAAUGCAGGAACGUCACUGCUAGCAGCUGCUGGCUCCCUGUUUUGCAACCUGGACGGACACAGUGCAGAGCGAAAACUCCACACGGAAGAAAUCAAGCCUUCCACAGAUAGUCUGGUUUUGGUGAUGAAGUGAUGAAAACGUGUAUCCAGUCCUAAAGGGGUUGCUGGAACCUCAGGAUCUGUAUUGGCUUUGGAAUCCAGAUGUCAGCAGUUUACAUUUUGUCAUUUUAGAGAUUGUGAGACACAUCUUCAUCGCAGCUGGACUCCAAAUAGCUGUGAAGGGAGUGGUCUGCCUUCAUUUCCCCAUUGCAGAUGAAAAAUGACCAGCCCAGUAACUCAGGGGCUUAAGACUAAAGUCACCUUUUACAGUAGAGGCCAUUUGGCAGCCUUGACUUUGUACUGUUCCGAUGACUGGUGUGUCGUACAGUGUGACACUGCGGAUUUCUCCACAUCUCCUGCCAGCGGCUGCUUGCCGACAUGUUUGAAGUAGGUAAAAGUUCAAUUUAUAUUGUUCGCUAAACUUCCUAUCCCCUUAGGCUUCCGUAGGAAAGUGGUUUUGCUUUGACCCUGUUUUAAAGUGUAAGAGAUGAUCUUCACCAGACCCGUGUGUUUAUUGGUCUGUUUUAGUCUUAUAGAUGAGCUACUGAUUGGUGUCAGUAUGAUCAGUUCUCAAGCCUCCUUAGCUACAAGAGUUGUCUUUUUUCACACCCCUUCUUUAUAUUCAAUUGAGAAAGGAAGGAAGUACGACAAGUCUGUUUUAGGACCAUGCGGAAGUGCUGCAGUCCCUCCUUUCACACGUCGAGCUACGUGGCCUCACUGCUAAGGUCUCCGUGUUACUGCUGUAUUCUCACCACAUCAGCUCUAGCGAGCAAGUUUUUGUGUAUCUGAUGAGCAGUUUGGCAUCAAAUAAAUGCUUUUUUAUGAUGUUAACAGGGAACCGCAUUUUGUUUUGUUUGGGGGCCACAAUCAGUGGUGCUCAGGGGUCACUCCUGGUGGAGCUCAGGGACGGAGACGGAGCAGGGGCAGGAAAUGCCCAGCCCGCCUCACUGUGGAGAGGCACAUCUUGAAGUCCACCUCCUUUCUGGUCCUUUCUCCAGCGGCCCGGCCUGCAGGCCAGGGCUCCUCUCCUGGACAGUGCUCUACGGGGCAACCCAGAUCUCCCACGCUGGAGCCACCAGCCACGGGACAGUGUGAGGGGCUGGCUGACCACUUCUGUGAGCCCAGCCAGCCGCACCCUCCCUUGUGACCGGCCCAGCUCGCUCCACUCCCGCUCCCCAAGUUUCUCGACCCAAAUGCGUAUGAGAGAUCUUCAUCCAGGCACCCGGGACAAAUGAACGAACCUGGUGUUGUUCCUCCUGGGGCCACAUCCUGUCUCCAUGCUGGAGAGCGAUUCUGCAGGUUUUGUAAAGACCCCCAGGUGCUCAAUCAUUCUUAUCUGAUGAGGUACCCUCCAACCUGACACCUUCCACUGACUCCCCUUGUGUUUUGGAUAACGUUCAAAUACUUGGGACCUGCCCAGCGGUACCUGCUGCCAGUUUCACCAAGUUUCACCCAGUUCCUUGCCUUCAUAUUCUCUCCAGCACUUUCAG